AUGGAACUUGAUUGUGGUCGUUUAUUUCGACUGAUUUGUAAACUCAAUACACUACUCGAACGACCUGAACAUUCAUUAAAUCAAGCUUGGUCAGAAACAGGUGAUCGUUACAUUCUAAAAUUGUUUCGUGAUUUUAUAUUUCAUUCAAUUGGUUUCGAGGGUGAACCGAUUAUGGAUAUGGCACAUGUUAUUCAAUGUCUAAAUAAAUUCGAUGCUGGUUCACAUGAUAAAAUCUGUCUUACAUCACGUGAUGAACAAAAUGUUAUGAUCGUUAGUUAUUCCGAAUUACAUCAAGCAUUCGAACGUGCGUUUACUGAAUUAAUGAAUUAUGGAUCGACAGGAUCAUCUUGA